GUGGUCGGGGAGAUCGCGACGGAGCCGGAGCGGGACGCGCUGCGUCGUAGCCUGGAGCGCGGUGUUCGCUCGUGGGACAUUGACCUUCAAUCCUGCGACCUGAAUAAGCAGCUCAGACUCUUUGUCACAUGCCAUCUUGCACACUUUUCAUCAGAGGUCAAAGGUCAGAGGACCCUACACCACCAGAGUGAGGACCUGGACACAGUCGUCUUAGUCAACCCCAAUGAGUGGAGCACUGUGUCAGAGGUCCAUUCUUUGGUAUGUGAUCCUUCUGGCCACAAGCUGCUAGUCCUGUGUGGGCAGAGUUCUGACCAGGGAGGUGAUUUGAUCCUGCAGACUGGGACCUUCACCUACCAGAAAUUUACUGAGAUACUUGCAGAUCCAGAGGUUGCCCAGCUUCUCAGUAAUACUGAUCCGGCUUCUAAAACCUCCCUAACAAUAUCGUGCUUGGGAGAAGGAGAUUGGAGAAAUCUUGGGCACUCCAAUUUCCAAGACCUUUUCAGUCUGAGAGUCAAUCCUGAUCCAGUCCUGCCAGAGAUGGAUGGGAUAUCUGAAUUUGCUGAAUACGUCUCUGAGACAGUGGACGUCCCAUCACCCUUUGAUCUUCUGGAACCCCCAACUUCUGGGGGAUUUCUAAAGCUCUCCAAACCCUGCUGCUACAUAUUCCCAGGAGGAAGGGGGGAUUCCGCUCUCUUUGCUGUCAAUGGAUUCAAUAUUCUGGUCGAUGGUGGCUCAGACAGGAAAUCCUGUUUCUGGAAACUGGUCCGACAUCUGGAUAGGAUUGACUCAAUUCUCCUGACCCACAUCGGAGCUGACAAUCUCCCAGGUAUUAAUGGACUCCUGCAGAGGAAGAUUGCUGAACAAGAAGAAGAGCAGUCGCAGGGCUCCACCAACUAUAGCGACUGGAUAAAGAACCUUCUGUCCCCAGAACUUGGGGUUGUUUUCUUCAAUGUUCCUGAGAAGCUCAGAAUGCCAGAGUCAUCCAUGAAAGUCAAAAGAAGUAUUGAGGAAGCAAGCCUGACCCUGCAGUACCUCAACAGGCUGGGCAUCAAGCCAGAGCCUCUCUAUAGAUUUGUCAGCACUACCGUUGAGCCAAUCACUUUGUUCCACAAAAUGGGUGUUGGAAAAUUGGACAUGUACAUCCUGAACCCAGUCAAAGAGAGCAAGGAGAUGCAGUUCCUCAUGCAGAAGUGGACUGGAAACAGCAAAGCCAAGACAGGCAUUAUCCUCACCAACGGGAAAGAAGGGGAGAUUUCUGUCCCCUACCUAACAUCCAUCACAGCCCUUGUAGUGUGGCUCCCUGCAGGACCGACGGAAAAAAUAGUGCGAGUUUUAUUUCCAGGAAAUGCACCUCAAAAUAAGAUUUUGGAAGGUCUUGAGAAGCUCAAGCAUCUUGAUUUUCUGAAGUAUCCUGUAGCUACCCAGAAGGAUAUGGCUUCUGGCAUGCACUCUUCUGUACUUAAACAGUCCAGAAUUAAACAACGGACAGACAGUAAAGAGAGCCUCAAGUCAUCCCUUAAGCCUCCUACAACAAAGGUAGCUGCUGAAGAGGGGUCUAAAGAGAUGAAGACAGAGACAGUAAAAGAGGCUAAAACUGAGAAAAAAGGGAAAGAGCAUUCUGAAAUGCCUCAAGAGAAGCUGGUUAGAACAGAGAAAAUAAAAAUGGAUUCCAGUGAUGCCCUUAAAGCUGAGAAAAGAAAACUUGCUAAAGACAAAUUUGGCAAAAAACACCUCAAGGAGAAAGUUUCUAAACUGGAAGAAAAAAGAGACAAAGAAAAGAAAGACAUUAAAAAAGAAAGGAGGGAGAUUAAGAAAGAUGACGGGAAGAAAGAAGAAAGGAAAGAUUCAAGGAAAGAAGAAAAAAAGAAAGAAGCUAAACCAGAGUUGAAAAAAAUAUCUAAGCCAGACUUGAAGGCCUUUACCCCUGAAGUAAGGAAGACUUUAUACAAGGCAAAAGUUCCUGGUAGAAUAAAAACUGAAAAAGUCCGUACCAAAACUGAAAAGGGCACCAUUGGAGAACAGAAGUCUCCAUCUGUGCCAAAGAAACAUGACCAGCCUCAGGCACCACCAUUCAUGGCUGAGGAGAGGCUUGUGAUGUCUUCACCAGAGGACCUUACCAAGGACUUUGAGGAGCUGAGCUCUAAAAAGCAACAAGAGUCUUAUCGUGCACCUGCUCCUCUGGAGGCAGAGGCUGUCUUCAAGCAUGCAGAAAAUCAGGAUCCCUGUGACGUGGCUGCUCAGAGGGAUGGCCUGACAUCCAAAGGGAUCAGUAGUUCAGUGUUCCUUUCUCUGGCUGUGCCAAAGGAGAUGGCUUCCCCCAUAAGUGGGGUGGUGGGAGCAGGGAAAUCAUCUGAAAAACCUGAUGAGAAAGUAACCUUAGCAGAGCCUCUUGGGCAAGAAUUGGAUGAGAAUGCAAGAAGGACUAUCAAAGAAUUUCCGGGAAAAGAGAAAGAUCCGGUAGUGGCACCUAGAGAAGAAAGAACUGCUGCUUCAGGAAAUAAUUGGAUGUCCACAAGGGAAGAUACAAACUUUAAAAGGAGAGAGGAUGUGUUAGAAAAGGCAGAACUGGAAGGGACAGCAGAACAAGAUGUAAAGGCAAAAAAUGAAGAGUUAGUAAGGAGAGAGCUCUCUCGAUUCCAGCUGCCACAAGGCCCAUCUUUGCUUUCUGAUGGGAAAGGAAAAGAACACAAAGCAGAAAGAGUGAACUCCAGCAAAGUACCUGGAAAGUCGCCAGUAAUAAAAGAAGGGGUGGACUCUCAUCUGGGAAGCUUGCCUUUUCCAUCAGGAGAACAUAUUUCCUACAUCCAAGAUGAAACCAUCCCUGGCUACUCAGAGACAGAACAGACCAUCUCAGAUGAGGAGAUCCAUGAUGAGCAGGAGGAGAAGAUGACACACUUCAAGCCAGACAUUGGCAGCUAUGACACUGCAGGACCAGACCAGACAGACUCCUUUGAGACCACCAAUGGUAUCCAGACUCUGACAGUACCUGAAGUCACCAAACGGUAUGCUGGCCAGGAACCUGAAAUACUUGCCUAUCCUACAAAUCUUGUGGCAGCCCCCUUGGCAGAAGAGGAACAUGUGUCUUCCGCAACAUCCAUUACAGAAUGUGACAAACUCUCCUCGUUUGCCACUUCUGUUGCUGAAGACCAGUCCGUUGCAUCAAUAACAGCACCACAGACAGAGGAAACGGGCAAAAGUUCCUUCCUGUUGGAUACAGUGAAUAGCAUACCUUCCUCUCGAACAGAGGUCACCCAAGGCCUGGACUAUGUACCCUCUGCUGGCACUAUUUCUCCCACAUCUUCCCUGGAAGAGGACAAAGGCUUUAAGUCUCCUCCUCCAGAAGACUUCCAUAGCCAGAUAGAAAGUGAGAAGAAACUUGAGAUCUGCAAGAAGGUUUUACAGCAGCAGCAGCAGCAGCAGCAGCAAGAAGCUCCUCACUUUGAGAGGCCUUGGCAAGCACAAGAACAUUAUGAUGCCCUAGUGUUUUCACAGCAAGGGCCCCUGGGAGAUAGUUCAAGUGAAGUAUCCGUGGAAGGACCUCAAGAAGCUAUACUCCUUCUGAAUGAAGAAAAUGCACACUUGCUGCGGGUAGAACCAGGCUCUGUUGAUGCAGAAGAUCGAUGCAUAAGCCCUGAUGAUAGCACCAUCAGGAUGGCAUCUCCCACCCAGUCAGGCCCCACUAGCGCAGGGCACACACCUUUUCAUCAAUCCCCUAUAGAGGAAAAAUUGGACACUGCAGAAACAGAGAUGUUUGAAAAGGCAGCAAAGUCUCCAGUGAUGGGAGCUGAAACAGAAAGACCCAAUAGAGCAAUGAAUGUAUUCAGAACAUUUGAAGGAGAGGCAGAGUCUCAAGAAGCCAAGGAGGCUUUUACUCUCCUUCCGGACAUGCCUGGCCUUGGAGCUACAGCUCUCCUGCAUGAAGAAUUCUUAUCUGCCCAGAAUGAAGACAGGAGCUGGCAUUUGGAGCAAGAGGAACGGGCAAUAAGCUUCUACCACAAACAAGAAACUAUUGAUAUUUCUGACCUAGAUUUUCCCACUAAAGAGACCCUUCCAGAGACCUUAAAAGACGUUUCAUCUAAGAAUGUCCACACUAUUGAGGAAGCCUCCCGUGAAUGUACUGUUAGGUCUGGGGCUGAGUUGUUCUCUGCUUCAGAAAUACCUCCUCCAAAAGGAUGGGAAGAAAUUUCAGACAUAUCUGGAGAUGAAAAAUCUUCACAAAUCAUUAAUUUACCAGGAGAAGAAAAGGCAUUUCCUUUUACUGAUAAAAUACCUGGGAAGACAAAAUGUACUGAUGAUUUCAUCCCUGAAAUAUCUCAAGCCAGUUUGCAUUUGACAGAAACUGGCUUAGAGCAAAAAGACUCUUGUUCAGUGACUGUGAAACAUACUUCUCCAGAACAUGGUAAUUUUGUUCCGAGCCUUCAGGAAGAAACCCCUGCAUAUUUAUUCACAGAAGGAAUUUCUCCAAGAGAUGAUACACUUCUGCUUACAAAAGAGAGCCCUACUAAAAAAAUAUCUUUGGGCAUGCUUGUGGAACAAUUUUCUCCUAAAAGUAAACACCAGGCUUCCCUAGGAGAGAGCCCAAGUACAGAUGGAAGAACAGAAGCUGAUGCCAAAGAGGAUCCAUGCCAUUCCUCUGUAAACUCUCAGCAAGGUCCAUUUCUAGAUGCCACCAUAAUAAAGCCUUCAGCAGACCCUUUUCUAGAAAACGGCAGAUCAGCUUCCUUAACUGAAAAACACUCUCUCAAGGAACUGUCUCCCAGACAAACAUGCCCAGACCCGAAGUCCUCAAGCUUCACAUCACUGAGCUCAGUUCCAGAUAGCAAUGCCUUGGAAGCUUCCUCUGAAGAGAAAGGGCCUUGUCAAUUUCUGGGAAAGAGAGAGAAAACAAAUGAACCAUCUCCAGAAAUAGAAAACCUAUAUGUGAGAGAAACAGACUAUGAGAAGAAAGUGUGGUUUCCAGAGGAAAUGAAAGAAGUACCAUGCAAAGAACAGCAACUGAAAUAUGAUAAAGAAAAGGGAGAGUCUACAUUUUUGGAUGAUGAGGUAGACAUACCUGAAAAGAAGGAAGAAAAUGUUCCCUGUGAGGAGAUUGAGGAUAUUCCAAAACAGGGUAUUUUGGAUACUGAACACAGCUUCUUUCAGGAAGAUGCUACCAAUGAGAAGCAAGAGGUUUUCCUAGCAAAGGGUGGCUUUCUGUUUGUAGACGACAAGCCUGUGGAACAGCUGUUAAAGGGAAAGCCAGCUCCCCAAGCACAGCCUACUCAAUGUGCUCUGAAUUCAGAGAAAAUUGAAAUUUGCAGCUUUGAAAAUUGCCGCUCCCUUGAAUUCAAAAGUGAGCCAAAAUCAAGCCUGGAAUGGGCUACUUUGUCUUUUCCACACCAGGCCAAGAUACCUACUUCAGUGGAAGGAAAAGAAGAUCGUCUCUCUAUAUCUAAUCAAGUUAAGGAGAAAGUGACCCCACAGCUGUCUUCUGACUCCAUGAGUGAAGCUGUGGCUCCCUGUCCACAAGGCAAGCCUUCUGCAGGAGAUGAAAGUGUUGAUGAGCUCCCGCCAGCAACCCCAGAAAAGAGGUCAGAGACUGAUGCUCUGGAUGCCAAAGAGACACAGGAGAGAAAGCAAAAUGCUGGUGAGAAAUCAGCUGGGCAUCUUUAUGAUCACACAGAUGAAAGUAAAAAGCAGACAUUAACAUCUGUAACUCUUCUGAACACAGGUGCAGGGUCAGAGGAGAACAGACAAUUUUAUCCUGACCAAGAUUGUAGAGGAAGCAGGGAGCCUGAAAUCCCUCCACAAGACCCUCCCUCUUUUGGCCAAAUAAAGUGCUAUGCGUGGUCAGGCACUCUGGAGCCCUCCAGCCCUUUUGAGUCACAUGAUUCCAAAGUGAAUGCAGAUGGGAAAGGGCAAGAGAAGGAAGAGAGGGAACCAACUCCUUACCCUCAUGAAAAAACUUUUCAGUAUGCUGAUGUCUAUGGGAAUGGGGAAACGUCUGAUGCUGGACACUCUGGAAAGGGUGCGGUGCUCAAGACUGCUCAAGCAUCAAGAUCUCAGAAGGAAGAAUUCCUUUAUCCCAUUUCCUCCAAAGAAGAAGAUUCUUAUCUCUGCACUCCUACUGAGAAAGAACUCUCAUCUCCAAGUUCAUCCAAGGAUAUGAUGGGGUAUUCCUUUAAGUAUGCAGAUGUUAAUGAGCAGUGUCUGGGGAGUCCAUGUGCCAUGGCGUCCACAGACACACAACCUAAAGAACACUUAAUCAGCCCACUACCACUCCUACCAGAAAAACCAGUGAGUCUCCAGCCUACCUCCUCUUUGGGAGACACGGCCUUCUCCCACUCCAUCAAUGUCAGGGACACAUUUAACCAGGAAGAUUUAAUCAUCUCCUCCAAAAAUAUGAGCCCCUCAGAUAGAAAACUCAGUCAGGAGCAGGAGUCUCCUUCAAAAAGUUUUCAUCCCAAGGACAUUUAUUAUGAGAAAGCUGAAAGAGAAGAAAGUGUAAGUGACUCAGAGUUGGAGAAAGGUGCCCAGGAGAAGUCAGAAAAAGAAUCAGAGUAUCCAAUGGUGAAGCCAGCCAGAGAAAAGGAACUCUGUACAGAGAGUUUGGUAACAGAGGAGGACAGUGUCUCAGUACCAUGGCAAGAAGCCCAUGAUGUGUCAUUGGGAGAGGGAAAUCACUCAAAGGAAAUGGCCAGUGACCACCCUGUAGAUCCAGAUGGACAGGAAUGGGGCUCAAACAUGCCUGAGGCUGCCAUCAAGCAAUACUCCAAGGAGGAAGAGAGAAAGGACCCCUUGGAAAAAGCCUGUGGUGAUGUUGAUCCCAAAAGCUUUUUACUUGCAGCCACUGCUAAAGACAAGGACUCUCCAAAGGGACCGGUCCUCCUUCCUAAAGGGCUUGAUUGUUCUUCCUCGGGAUUUGAACUUUCCUGCCUGGAAAAGCAUGAGCCAUCCAUUUUGUUCAGACAUGAAGCCCAUUUCUCCUCACAUCUUGAGGAUAAAUCUCUCACUUUAAACAUACCUGUUCCUGUUUCUUCAGAAAAGGGCCAAAAAGAUGGAUACUUAGAGGUAUCCAAAAAAAAGGAUUCCCUCUUUGUAGAUGUUUCACAGCCAGAUCUAUAUGAAGAAGAAGGAAAGCUCCCUUUGUGGACAUCCCAGGAGUAUCAGAUACACAAGGUGUCACCCAGACCCUCUGAGGAACCUUUCCCAGGGACCUCCAUCUCAGCAGUGCAGGUGACAAAUGGCAGCCCCCUCCAUGGCCUCCAGUACAUCUCAGGAGCAAUUGCUGCAGAGACAGAGACCCAGAGCCCACAAACCUUGUCCCCAUUGCUUUCGGAAAAGGCCACUUUAGAUGAGUUAGGGGAAGUUGCCUCUGCCAGCACGAAGGCCAGGCAGCCACCAGAAUCCACUUGCGCAGUGGGCUGUUUGCCACAGCCUCCAAGCCCUGAAGAAUGGCCAGCACCCGCUUCCCUUCCGCACGCCCCAGCAGGUUCUCCUCAUUGUCAGCAGGAGGCAGGAGCAACAGCCAAUGGCCCUGCAGAAGUAAGCAUCAGUCCACUAGCUUCUUAUGAUCCUUCACACCUUACAGGAAAAUCGAGGAGGAUGGGGGAGGAGCAGGAGUGGGAGAAGGUUUGUGAAAGGCAGAGCCGCCCCACUUCUCUCCUGACCCCUGACCCAAACUUCCCAAGUCCUCGGCUGAACAGCCAAACAGAGGGUCCUGGUGACACCUCCCAAGCAAUGGAGCCAUGUUUCAAAAACACAUCUCACUCUGGACAGAAAUUAUCAUAUAAGCAAAGAAAGGGCGAAUUAUCUCCAUCGUUCAUCAAUCCGAGUCCUCACGAUUCAUCGGAAGACAGUGAGUUUUCACAGGCUAAAGGCCAUUUUUCAGUGAAAGGAAAGCCACAUUCAGUUCCUGGUGUCCAUAGACAAGCUACUUCUACUGUGGAAGAAACUCCUCCCACCUCUGCAAGUGAUUCGGGGACUUCUCAGUCAGACUCAGAUGUUCCUCCAGAAACAGAGGAAUGUCCCUCGAUCACAGCUGAGGCAGCCCUGGACUCAGAUGAAGAUACUGAUUAUCUUCCAGUAGACAAAGCUGUAGGCGGUUCCCAGCAUGGCACAAAGUCUGGCCAUGACCCACAACCUGCUUCCUUGGUGGACCCUUAUCCUCACCCUCCACGCCCAGAUGUUUGCAUGAUGGAUCCUGAAAUGCUGCUGAUUGAACAGAACAUCAACAGACUCGAUAAGAUAUCCAAGAAGGACCUGAAGGAUAAAAAUAAAGCAUCAAAGAAGCUGCUGGGCAAGUCCAAGUCCUCCUCCCCAUACCAGAAAUCUGACAAACAAUUGCUUAGUCCCAUACAGCAACCAUUUGACAGGUCUUCAAAACCAGUGUCAGCUAAGAAAGAGAAACUGCUCAAGCCACACAUGGAGGACAAAGAUGAGGUUUCUCGAAGCACCCACACCAACCCUGGCAAGAAUCUCGUCAAUGGUAUCAAAACCAGCCCAGUCUCCAGUAGCCCCAAAAGCUCCUCUGCAGCGACUGGACCCCCUGUCUACAUGGACAUGGCAUACAUCCCCAACCACUGCAGCGGGAAGAAUACCGGCCAGGAGUUCUUCAGGAGAGUCAGGGCCUCCUACUACGUUGUCAGUGGGAACGACCCCAGCAGUGGGGAGCCCAGCCGGGCUGUCCUGGACGCCUUGUUGGAGGGCAAAGCCCAGUGGGGGGAGAAUCUGCAGGUGACUCUCAUCCCGACGCAUGACACUGAAGUGACACGGGAAUGGUACCAGCAGACCCAUGAGAAGCAGCAGGAGCUGAGGAUUAUGGUCCUGGCCAGCAGCAGCACUGUGGUGAUGCAGGAUGAGUCCUUCCCUGCAUGCAAGAUUGAGUUCUGAGGCCUGAGCCCCCCUAUUCUCCUCCACCCCCACGCAGCACUUAGAAGAUCCAUCCAUCCAUCCGCCCGCUCGCUGCUUGAUUUGUUUGCCUUUCCUGAGUGUAAAUUGAACGCGCCAGGAGCAGCGUGGUUCUGUGCGUG